UGGGUAGCUAAACAAAUGCGGCCCAAUUACUGGCGGAUUCUCCCGGGUAGCUUCGACUGCUUUUUGCCAAAGAGACAGACUGCUGGUCGGAAGUCGACGCCGGAGAUGGAGACCCCGGGGAGAAGAGGCUACGCGUGGGCCGUCGGGGCCGGGCUAAACGCCGCUCUGGCCGCCGUUUCCGCCAAGCUCAUCGCCUCUCAGGUAACCAGAUAUGGGCUCGUCAUACUCUUCAACGUGACAAUGUGGGGAUGUUAUGUCAAUAGCCUCAAAUCUCUCUCAUCUCUCCAAGCUACGGUGACAAACUUUGCGACAAACUUCCUAACUUCCGGAUUAGCUGGGUUCUUCCUUUUCGAUGAAUUGUUAACACCAAAGUGGUUUGCAGGCGCAUUGCUUAUAGUGAUUGGUGUAGUCGUCCUAAGCAAGUCUAGCAUCGAGAGUAAGUCGAAGACUGAAUGAAAAUGUCAACUCUCGACUGAUAAUUUCUGCAUCAGCCCUCUUGGUGUUCUUGUUUCUCCAUCCGACGGUGCACAAAAAGCGGUGGUACUUCCAUUAGAGCAAAGCUUCCAUACACUAAUCUUCGCUUGGUGAAUGCAGCGAAAAGUCGACAUGCUAUCAGGGGAGGUCUAUAUCUACGGGUGCUUUAUUGGGUCUCUCUCUGUCUGCUACUAGGAUUACUCUGGAGGUGCAAGCCCGAACUGUUACUGAUAUUUGUUGGACAUGGUGUUAGUUACCUGUGACAAUCAAAAUUAAUCCGGAAGCUGUACGGCCGUACGAAGUUGGCUUAAUCUGGUAAAGGCACAAUACUCAGUCUCAUACGCA